GCCCGACGGCGAGUCAUGUUCGGGUUACAUCCGGUGGCGCCGCCGGAGCGGCGCCGAUGAGCCACUUCACCGGGAUCGCCUGAUGCAGGUGCCUCUCGUCCAUUCGUCGGAAUUCGCACAGCAACCCGCGGUGGGUCCUGAUUGGAGGAGUUCGAACUGAUGACAACUGCAGCGACUCCUGGGAAAAGCCCGAACCAUGUGAUGCCGGAGAGAAGACGACGACGACAGCGACCAGAGGCGUCCUCCCGUCACUCGCCGCACGCUUUGGUCUCGAGGUGGUGUUUGGGCCAGGAAUCCACCUAGCCCAUCUACGAGUACGUCCGUGGCGGUUCAGUGGUCAUCCGUUGCGAUGUCGGAGCCCAAAAUAUCUCCGAGUGAUCCGCUGAAGCUUUGGUACAGCAUAAAAGGCGAUGUCAGGACAGCAAAGAGUGUUGCCUUGGAGUCACUGACACUGCAGUCUGUCGACCAUUCUGUUUAUGUCAUGUUGCAGAUGAACUGCGACUUCAUCAAAAAGUUCGAGUUUCUGAACAUUUCAGAAAUAAUAGUCACAAAUCUGCGAAAUGGCAUGAGCCUGAUGGAGAUCUCUGAUUGCUUGAGAAUUCUUGCAAAGUAUGCCAAAGAGAUGUUGAAGCCUACAAAAGAACGGUACAAGCACUGGAAUAAGAUCCCCUUUAUGAAAGCAGGUGCCCCACAGAAAUGGACCAGGAUGGAUGGCACAAAGACAAUUCUCAAACAGCUUGGCUAUACACAGGAGACAUCAAAAGGCUACAUUUUUCCACUGCAUUCAUUUGGGCCACCCUUGAAUGUGAUCAAGAGCCUUUCAUUGGAACUGGCCCUGGCUGCUGCGGAGCUGUCAGUCUUUUACAACAACCACCAUCCCCACCCAGAGUAUAUACGUAACAUUAUGUGUCCUGGCGGGUCCCUUCUGCCUUCGGCUUCAACCACUGAGCGCAGAGAGUUCAACGUUAUGGACCUUCUUGCAGAAGUUGGAAAUUCGGCCAACCUGAGGGACCUGACUCAAGCACCCAUUCCUGCACAGAACCUGAUGAGCCCAUCACCACACAAAGGCCGUGGCAGGCCCCCUGCAGUGACGCGGGCAUCAGAGGUGGUGGCUAACUGUGCUGCAGCAUGCAACUGCCAUGCCUACUAUGACAGCUACAAUGCCCAGCCGCAGCAGUUGCCGGCACACCAGCAACCACUGCACCUGCAGACUCCUGGCCAUCUUCAGCCAGCCCACCAGCAGCAGCAGGAGCUGCAGCGACACCAGCAAGAGAUUCAGCGACACCAGCAGGAGCUACAGCAACAGGAAAUGCAGCAGCAGCAGCAGCAGCAGCAGCAGCAACAACAGCAACAGCAGCAGCAGCAACAGCAACAGCAGCAGCAACAACAACAACAACAGCAGCAGCAGCAACAACAGCAGCAGCAGCAGCAGCAGCAACAGCAGCAACAGCAGCAGCAGCAGCAGCAGGCAGACCAGCAGGCCCAACAGCAAUCGCAGCAACAGCAGCAGCCACAGCAACAGGCACAACAGCAGCAAGCACCUCAGCAGCCUCAGCAAGACAUUCAGCAACAACAACAACAACAGCAGCAGCAGCAGCAGCAGCAACAACAGCAGCAACAGCAGCAGCAACAACAGCAGCAACAACCUCCCCCACCACCACGGGAGUCCCAGCCAUGAGGGGAUGCAAGGAAGGUGCCAUUGAUUUAUGCACCUCCUUUUAUUUCUUUUCUUCAGUUUUACUGUUUCUAGCGGGGGGCAAGUUGUCUCUAAUCAUUGUCUAUCUCGGAAAACAUAUUUAGAAUUUUUUUUAUUCUUCUAGUGAAGGCAUGCUAGAUGCUAAAUGCUGUCAAAAGGUAAAGCAUUGAGGACCUUGCCUUCAUGCUAAUAAAAGUUUAGGUUUACAAUCUGCUUGUUAUUUUUCUAAGGGGUUGAUUGCUGCAACUUUUGCUUUUCCUUGGAGGAUUAUCUUUUUUUUGGAUACCUUCUGUUAACGGUAACAAACGGCAUUCGUUUUCUACACUGAGAUUGCUACAACGAAUUUACUUUCUUCUUUUAUAUGUUGUGUUUUCUGAGAUUGAUACUUUCCUUUUUUUUUACAUUUUAUUUUUACUAAUUGGGGGUGCCGGUUCAUAAUCAUUCACUAAGCCAGGGCCUGACAUAUCCUUUGUUUUUUCUGUUGGAAGAUACCUUUAUGGCAGGCCUAAACAAAACUGACUUGUAUGGUCCAUUGUUUGAAUGUUAUUUCAUUUGCAAGUAAAGCAAGCUACUUAAGGCCACUUUGUCCCUAUUCUGCUAUCCAGCAGUCUAGCAUUAAUGGAAGUUGUUUAUCUAG